CGCAAAAACGCUUAAAAAUAGGCAGUUCUGAAAUUUCGAAUGUCCAGAGUGCAACUCAGUGUGUUUCAUCAGGUGUAGAAAGUUAUUCCAGCAUCGGUAAAUUGGGUAACAAUGAAAUGCAGGAAGAUAGUGACGACGAGGAUUCAUACACCGAGGAAACAGAUGACGAUGAAAACCAGGAAGAUAGUGAUGACGAUGAUGCUGAUCGUAGCCUCCUGUACUGUAUUCUGCUAUCGGAGGAUGGACGUAUUGAUCUAAACAGCACUGACUGGUAUGGAAAACUUACAGACAUCAGAAAGACCUAUAAAAUGAAACACAGAUCAAGAGAAAAAGACAUUCUUACCAUUCAAUCAAUGAUAGAGACACGUCAUACUGUAUGCAUGAGUGAAAAUGUUGUAGUGUGUUUAGUGGAUACUAAUGAUUUCUAUGAACAUGACUGGGUUUAUAAAUGCCUGACAUUCAACAAAGAUUAUGACAAAUUCUUGAAGGUGACACCGACAGAAGUUUUGCGAAAAUGCGUUCCGUAUAUGAAUAACAUACAGGAAAAAAUAAUAUGUAGCAGUGAGAUUUCUGAUAUUAUCUUGAAAUUUGGAUUGGACUUUGUUCGCUUUUAUCAUACACGUUCGGAAUAUUCAAAAAUAUAUGAGGAUGGUUUAAAUAUAUUGAAUCUUCCUCAUCAUGUGGUUGAUAGGAUAGAGGACGAUUACGACAUUUAUAUGUUCAGUGAAUUCAAAAAAUAUGUGGAUGAGUUCAUGAAAUGUGAACAUAAAUCCUUAGAGUCAUUGAAUCUGAAUAGUCUGCUUGGCUCAUACCUUAUUGGACGAGAGACAGGCAAAGAGAAAGCGUUGGAUAACCUCGCACUUUCUCAUACAAAAUGGAACAUUCUAGUUUCUAUUCUGAUGUCAGAGGGUUACAGUUUAUCCUUAAGCUCACCUUGGGAGGAAUUAUUGACAAAACUUCAAAGUGCUUUUCCUUUAUUAAGUUGCGGGUCAAGAAUGUUAGACAGUGAUAUCGCUGAAUUGACUGAUAUUUACAAAGUGUUAAAUAAAGAGAAUAACUCAGUCAAAUUUAUAUCAGAUGAUGACCGCCAUCAGGUGAUGAGUUACUUCGUGAAGAAUUGUCUGAUAACUGAUGAGAACUACGAAAAUUAUAUAAAACUGUCAUCAGUGGACUCGUGGUUAGAGUACGUACGACCCUGGUGGUAUGAUGAUAAUGAAAUGUUCGUUUGGGGAGAAAAAAUUAUGUUCCUACCGGAGAGUUUAGAGGAUUUAUUUCUCCAAAGACUUGGAUUAGACGUCCUACGUCAUGUCAUGGUGGAGUGGAAUGAGUCGACAAUAGAUAGAAUUAAAACAGUCAGAGAGACAGUUAAAAAAAAGUUAAAACUUCCAUCUGUUGUGUUUCGUGAGGAUAGUCGGAAUAAAUUUGUAGAAUAUGUGAAGAAAAUUUCAAAAGAAAAACAAACUUCCAUACAGUCUUUGAAUCUAAACAGUCUUCUUGGAUCGUUUUUAAUUGGAAGAGAUGACUACAACUCUGAAGAUUAUCCCAAAUGUGGGUCAGGCAUCAGCUCCCACUAA